GAGUAUUGAUCAGGCAAACCGUGCCCACACGCAUUACUGCCGUCCGUUGCCACGCGUAUCCUUGCCGUUCAGUAGGCUGCCUCCCAAAGCACACUCCACCCCAGCAGCACAUUCUGUUGCCGCGCUCUCUUUUUUUUUGGAGCCAAAGACCGUGGUGUGUUGUUGCUAGCCAGCCGCAUCGCCUGGAGAGGAACACAACGGCAUCGCACGUGAACAUCUCGUCAGUUCGGGUGCUUCUGGUGGAGGAUAUUGUUGCGAUGGCGGAAUACUCAAGGAACCCGGACCGCGAUGCGCACAGCGACCGCGAUGAUGAGGAGGUUAAUGCUGCCUCCGGGAGCGGCCUGAUGUACCGAAGGAGUGAACCACCAUCAGGUGGCGGGUUGGUUGCGGCCAACCUGCCGAUGCAGGCGCACUACGCGGCCAGGCCUAGCGCCGGCCUAGGAGCUAUUCCGGCGGAUGCCCCUGGCUUCGACAGCGAGACGUCCGGCGAGUCGGUGGGGCUGUGGGCGGGUGCAUACAGCUCCGACGUCCGGCGCCUGGCGCCCAGCAUCAAGCAUCCGAGUGCUUACGACGAUGUGCAGACUCACAGAGGAGAUGCCCAGCACAUGUAUGUGCACCCCUCCAAGUCGGGAAAUGAUGGUGGAAGUGGCGUCGCCCCACCCGGCAACUUUGAUCCUUUCGCGAGCGACCAGUACAUCUUCCAGGGAGGCGAGACGACACCGCGCUUCUUCGCACCCUUCGGCAUUGCUGGCAACGCCCAUAGUUCAGGAUUGUCUUCCUACGACGGCGAGCUCGAAGACUCGGACACCCCUUGCGUCGCCACCCUGCCCAGCACCUUCCGGCUUGAGCGGACUAACUUGGUGGUCACUUCUCCCUUGAUGGAGCAGUUGCUCUCCGUCGACUCGCUCCUAGACGCCCUCCGGGCUGCUCUGACCGAUGCGGGUGUGGACGUCCUCGACUUUAAGCCUGCUCACUGCGUGCUGGAGUGCUCCUACCACGUGGGCAAUCGUUUCCUCAGCCUGUUCAUCAGGGUGUUCAAGGCUCCUGACCGCGCCUCCGGCCAGCUAUUUGACAAUAGCAGCGUUGGCAACAACAACAACGACGACGGCGCCGAGCAGACGCCCUACCUGGUGGAGGCGCAGCUCCGCGAGGGAGACCGGCUGCACUUCUCGGCCCUUUUCCGGGAGAUUUUGCGUGCUUUCAUGAACCAGGAAGGCGUCAACCUGGUAGGAACGUUCCGCUACAAGCCCCGCACCUACCCGGCCACCGGAGAGGGCCUCGCCCUCGAACAGGUUAACAUGGCGCCAUCUCGCAACAGCAUCCGUCUCCUCGCAGAGCGCGGAGAGGCCACCAAGACCGGGGGUUCUCUCCCCGUGCCGGCCAGCAUGGCCAGGCCCCAGGUCUCUUCCUCCUCCCCCGAGCUGGACUCGGACAUGAUGGACGACGUCGUGCUUCUGGCGGACAUGCUCUCUGGCAGCUACCUGGACGUGCAGGCGGACGCGGCUGCGGCUGUCGCUGGCCUCACCACGGAUGUCAAGCUCCUGGAACAGCUGUCGAGGGGCGCGGCCGCCAACGCCGCCAACGCCAUCGCCCACGCGGCCGCCCGCCUCCUAGUGGAAACCCGCCACAGGCCCGCCCGCAGGCAGGCGGCCGUGGCCGUGGCCAACCUGACGAAGACCCCCCAGCUACGCGCGGCGCUCCUUGCCUCUGACCCCCCUGCGGGGGGUGGGGGGUUCCGCAGCAGGGUCUCAUCGACGGACGACCACCACGCCCAGCAGCGCCGGUUGGUGGAGUCGCUUGUGGUGCUGUCCAUGGGGCGCGUCGACGGGAGCGCGGCCAGGAAGAGUGAGGAGGAGAUCGGGAUGCGUCGGGAGUGCAUGCGCGCCCUUGUGGGGCUGGCCGAGAGUCGCGUCGUGAGGGAUAUGCCCGCGAUGAGGCUCCUCCUGUCAACCGAUCCCAGCGGGAGGGGGGCCAAAGACGCCACGCUCACGAAACGCCUCGAGGAGUGCAGGGAAAUCCUCCGCAGCCACGCUUGAGUCGCGGUUCGUCAGUCGGAAGGACGUUCCCCUUCCCCGAGCUGUCGUUUCUCGUCAGCCUCUGAUUUUGACAUCUCCUCAAACAAAGAGGGAUUGAUGAUAUUUGCGUGUGGAUCAGGACAAGAUUCGGGGGCGUCCGUUGCCGGUCCUGUCAUUGGCAAGCGCUAAGAGAGAGGUUCAUACGGCAAAUCAGGGCGCCUACCAGGGCGCCUGGGCUGCCCACAUCGUUUUCUCCCCUGUGUAAUGAGUACUCUAUUUUGUAGAAUAGCUUCUCUUCUUUUCCCUCUCGCGCCCUGUCGAGUAAAUACUGCAUUGUUAGAGGGGGGCGCAAAUGUUGGUUGCGCAGUGAGAACCAGUAUUUGUUUUUCUUGAUUUUGCUGUUGGGGUAAGAGAGCGUUCGCGGUUCAGUUUGGCUGGCCCUCCCUCCCGCGAGUGCCCGAGAGGAGACGAUUUGGUGUGUAGGAGCAGCACACGCGGUGGGGAACCUCUUCUGUGUUUGUUAUAAUCGCACAUGUAAAUUCGGUGCCUGUUUUCGGCAUGUUUGGCUUUUGAGGCUGUCACGUGGAGGUGAUCGCGGCCUGUGCUUAUCCACGUCUGCCGUCUGUAUUUGAUUUCUGGAGCUCUUCCAUAUAAGGGUGAAUGAAUUGUACGCGUCGUCAUCACUUUCUCGGUGUAGGUAGUUAUUUCUGUUGACCGGGUGUUGCUGUUCUUUUUUUUUUUUUGAGUUGAAUGCUUCUGUGUCGGGUGUUGCUGCGUAAAAUCGGUGAUACACAACUACCAUAGAUUUUUCCUCGAGGUCUGGUGGUAAGGGCUAUGCGGUAGUGUUUGGUGCCCUUCUGUGUUGUAGCCUCUUCGCUGGGCAACGUUCUUGGCGGCGUGAGGAGAAACGUGUGGCAGCUAUAAAUAAGCGCGAGGGGAGGGGCGUAGUGCUUGCCCUCAGUGGAGGGGCAUCGCCUCCCCCUCGGUUUAUGGAGUUGCAGCAGGGUGUUCACGACUUGUGGAGGCAUUUUGCGGAGGGCCAUUAUUGGAGAUAGGAAGACAAACGGCGGAUGGGGGGGGGGUCUAUGCAUCGUGUGUGCCUAUGACGGCGCCCCCGUUCCUUAUGCCCGGCGACCGUUGUGAGGCGAAUCCUGCUAUACCUAGUAUUUGGUUGUUGUCUAUCCUUUCGGGGGUGCGUGCGGAAUGCGAUACUUGUCGUUCGCCGGAACGCAUUCCGACACGAACACACACCAGGAGACCACAACCAACACAGAGGGGACGAGUGACGAGGAGAGGAAAAGAACACAGCACGGUUCGCCUCCCGUCGAUGACCCCGUGGUUGUUAGCCAGACGACCGUCGGUGCACACAUCGCGUGGCAGUCAUGUUUCCGGUCUCCGCUUUCUGCGUCCUUCGCCGUGGGUGAAGUAAGGAAAUACAGGAGGCGUCCUGCGUGUCUCGAUUGUUAUGUUGGGGCAUGGUGUUGUUCCCGCUGUUUGGUAUCCAGUGACUUGCAAGUCGGACUCCCCAGCGGCGGCGCAGUUGAUUCUCGCAAUCGUGCCCCUGGUGCCGUUGCCGCUGUGGAGUGUUGGGGACGCUGUAGAUUGGAUGACGGGAGGCAUGCAUGUGGAGGUGUUGGGGGGGGGGGGCGGCGACGAGAUGCGGGUGAUGUACACCGAUGUGGCGGACGCUGCCUCUUGCACGAGAAGAGGUCAGCUGCCACGCGCGCGGUUGGCACUACCUACUCACGCCGUCGUCGAAAACCCUUGUGUCGGUUACGAUUGGUUAGGUGCAUGCAUGCCGCACUACUACAUGAGGCGGCGUCUGGUACACGUGGGUUCUUGGUGGGCUUCGGGGGGGAGGGUAGAGGCUGGCGUUUGAUUUUCAUUUUGUUGUCGGGCUCGCGUGCAUAUUCUUUUCAUCCAUUUUUCAUCCAUUUGUGCGUGUUUGUUUCCAAAUCUUGGUGUCGGCGGGGCUUCUGGUGAUUUUGGCGUGCUGGGUUGGACUUGACAUACGCAGCGGUGAGGACCUGUCGCUACCACAACAACGUUAUUUUUCUUUUUUGUUCUUUGGGCGUCUUUGUCGCGUGCUGUGUUGCUGGGAGGGAGGGAGAGACGGAAAAUCAGCUCUUGGGUUUCACUUUCGUCGCGUGUCUCUCUCUCUCUCACCGUGGGGAGGGGGGG